GACCCGGUACCCUGAGCUUUCUCAACCGCGAAACGCCUAGCGGCUGGCGCCCGGAGCGUCCUCUGGCUCAUCUUCUGAAAGCCAGUAGAAGACCUCUGCUUUCCUGGAUCACGGCGUUUACAAGACGUUGUCAGUGAGACUUGGAGUUUGCACGGUUGUGAUCCAGCCUUCUCCGUUUCUAUACUUGAAUGUGUUGGUGGAAUUUUGGAGCUCUUUGUAGCUAUCGUUUACUUGGAAAUUUUGAGCCAUUUUGAAUUGUUUAAAGGAGUAGACGCUGCUAGCAAUGAGCUCCCAAAGCCAUCCAGAUGGACUUUCUGGCCGUGACCAGCCAGUGGAGCUGCUGAAUCCUGCCCGGGUGAACCACAUGCCCAGCACGGUGGAUGUGGCUGCGGCACUGCCUCUCCAAGUGGCCCCCUCGGCAGUACCCAUGGACCUCCGCCUGGACCACCAAUUCCCACUGCCUGUGGCGGAGCCCACCCUGCGGGAGCAGCAGCUACAGCAGGAGCUCCUGGCCCUCAAGCAGAAGCAGCAGAUCCAGCGGCAGAUCCUCAUCGCUGAGUUCCAGAGGCAGCAUGAGCAGCUUUCCCGGCAACACGAGGCCCAGCUGCAUGAGCACAUAAAGCAGCAGCAGGAGAUGCUGGCCAUGAAGCACCAGCAGGAGCUGCUGGAGCACCAGCGGAAGCUGGAGCGGCACCGCCAGGAGCAGGAGCUGGAGAAGCAGCACCGGGAGCAGAAGCUGCAGCAGCUCAAGAACAAAGAGAAGGGCAAAGAGAGUGCCGUGGCCAGCACAGAAGUGAAGAUGAAGCUGCAGGAGUUUGUCCUCAAUAAAAAGAAGGCACUGGCCCACCGGAGCCUGAACCACUGCAUUUCCAGUGACCCUCGCUACUGGUACGGGAAAACGCAGCACAGCUCCCUUGACCAGAGCUCUCCGCCCCAGAGCGGGGUGUCGGCCUCCUACAACCACCCGGUCCUGGGAAUGUACGACACCAAAGAUGACUUCCCCCUGAGGAAGACAGCUUCUGAACCCAACCUGAAAUUACGGUCCAGGCUAAAGCAGAAAGUAGCGGAGAGGCGGAGCAGCCCCCUGUUACGCAGGAAGGAUGGGCCAGUGGUUACUGCUCUAAAAAAGCGCCCAUUGGAUGUCACAGACUCCGCGUGCAGCAGUGCCCCAGGCUCUGGGCCCAGCUCGCCCAACAACAGCUCUGGGAACGUCAGCACAGAGAACGGGAUCGCGCCCGCCGUCCCCAGCAUCCCGGCCGAGACCAGUUUGGCGCACAGACUCGUGGCACGAGAAGGCUCGGUCGCUCCACUCCCUCUCUACACAUCGCCGUCCUUGCCCAACAUCACUUUAGGACUUCCUGCCACCGGCCCUUCAGUGGGUGCAGCAGGCCAGCAGGACGCCGAGAGGCUCACGCUCCCGGCCCUGCAGCAGAGGAUCUCCCUCUUCCCCGGCACCCACCUCCCCCCCUACCUGGGCACCUCGCCCUUGGAGCGGGACAGCGGCACGGCUCACAACCCUCUUCUGCAGCACAUGGUCUUACUGGAGCAGCCGCCUACACAGACGCCCCUCGUCACAGACUGGUAUCUUUCAGGCCUGGGAGCACUGCCCCUCCACGCACAGCCCCUGGUCGGUGCGGACCGGGUGUCCCCAUCCAUCCACAAGCUGCGGCAGCACCGCCCGCUGGGGCGCACCCAGUCGGCGCCGCUGCCCCAGAACGCGCAGGCCCUGCAGCACCUGGUGAUCCAGCAGCAGCACCAGCAGUUUCUGGAGAAGCACAAACAGCAGUUCCAGCAGCAGCAGCUGCACAUGAACAAGAUUAUCCCCAAACCCAGCGAGCCUGCCCGGCAGCCCGAGAGCCACCCCGAGGAGACAGAAGAAGAGCUGCGUGAGCACCAGGCCUUGCUGGACGAGCCAUACCUGGACCGGCUGCCGGGGCAGAAGGAGGUGCACGCGCUGCCCGGCGUGCAGGUGAAGCAGGAGCCCAUCGAUAGUGACGAGGAGGAGGUGGAACCUCCGCGGGAGGUGGAGCCCAGCCAGCGCCAGCCCACUGAGCAGGAGCUGCUCUUCAGACAGCAAGCCCUCCUCCUGGAGCAGCAGCGGAUUCACCAGCUGAGGAACUACCAGGCGUCCAUGGAGGCUGCCGGCAUCCCCGUGUCCUUUGGUGGCCACAGGCCUCUAUCCCGGGCACAGUCCUCCCCAGCCUCUGCCACCUUCCCUGUGUCUGUACAGGAGCCCCCCAGCAAGCCAAGGUUCACAACAGGCCUCGUGUACGACACGCUGAUGCUGAAGCACCAGUGCACCUGCGGGAACACUAACAGCCACCCCGAGCAUGCUGGGAGAAUCCAGAGCAUCUGGUCCCGCCUGCAGGAGACUGGCCUCCGUGGCAAGUGUGAGUGCAUCCGUGGACGGAAGGCCACCCUGGAGGAGCUGCAGACCGUGCAUUCAGAGGCCCACACCCUCCUCUAUGGCACAAACCCCCUCAACAGGCAGAAACUGGACAGUAAGAAACUUCUAGGCUCACUGACCUCGGUGUUUGUCAGGCUCCCUUGCGGUGGCAUUGGGGUGGACAGCGACACCAUCUGGAACGAGGUGCACUCGUCGGGGGCGGCCCGGCUGGCCGUGGGCUGCGUGGUGGAGCUGGUCUUCAAGGUGGCCACGGGGGAGCUGAAGAAUGGCUUUGCUGUGGUCCGCCCCCCGGGACACCAUGCCGAGGAGAGCACGCCCAUGGGCUUUUGCUACUUCAACUCUGUGGCUGUUGCUGCCAGGCUUCUCCAGCAGAGGUUGAACGUGAGCAAGAUCCUCAUAGUGGACUGGGAUGUGCACCAUGGAAAUGGGACCCAGCAGGCGUUCUACAGUGACCCCAGCGUCCUCUAUGUGUCCCUGCACCGCUACGACGACGGGAACUUCUUCCCGGGCAGCGGGGCACCUGAUGAGGUGGGCACAGGGCCGGGCGUGGGCUUCAACGUCAAUAUGGCUUUUGCUGGUGGCCUCGACCCCCCCAUGGGAGACACGGAGUACCUGGCGGCCUUCAGAACGGUGGUCAUGCCGAUUGCAAACGAGUUUGCUCCAGAUGUGGUGCUGGUGUCAUCAGGCUUCGACGCUGUAGAGGGCCACCCCACACCUCUUGGGGGCUACAACCUGUCUGCCAAGUGUUUCGGGUACCUGACGAAGCAGCUGAUGGGCCUGGCCGGCGGCCGGAUUGUGCUGGCCCUCGAGGGAGGCCACGACCUGACCGCCAUCUGCGACGCCUCUGAAGCCUGUGUUUCUGCUUUGCUGGGAAACGAGCUCGAUCCUCUCCCAGAAAAGGUUUUACAGCAAAGACCCAAUGCUAACGCUGUGCGGUCCAUGGAGAAAGUCGUGGAAAUCCACAGCAAGUACUGGCGCUGCCUGCAGCGCGCGUCCCCCACGCUGGGGCACUCCCUGAUCGAGGCUCAGAAGCGCGAGAAGGAAGAAGCCGAGACAGUCACCGCCAUGGCCUCGCUGUCCGUGGGCGUGAAGCCUGCUGAGAAGAGACCCGACGAGGAGCCCAUGGAAGAGGAGCCGCCCCUGUAGCAUCUCCCUCGGCGCUGCUGUUCUCCUGUUUGUCUGUCUGUCUUGAAGCUCAGCCGAGACCCUUGCCUGUGUCACGCCUGCGCCUGCCGCGGCGCUCUCUCACGGUACAGGGACACCCGGCGUGCAGCAGCAGCAGCAGCGGGGAGCCUUUCUGCCACCCCAGGCCCACGGGUCUCAAGACGCACAUGCACAUCUGGGCGUGGCAGCAUCACGCGGAACACGGGAUAGACGCCGGCGACGAGCAGACGCACGGACCGCGGAAGCCAAGCCAAGCACACUCUGGCGGGUCCCGCGAGGGAAGCCGCGGAGGAAAGAAGCCUGUGGCAGCUUGUGCCCAAUUUAGUUGACAUGAGGAAAAGAAAACGAAAAUCAAAGAUCUAAUAACACAAAACAAACUUGAUUAAAACUGGUGCUUAAAGUUUGAUUAUCAUCCACGAUUCCACAGUCUCCGUGUAAACCACUCGACUCAUCUUGUAGCUUUUUUUUUUAAGAGAAAGUUUUCUAUGGCUCUGGCCUGCCUCUGUGAACCGUAGCAGGGCGGUGGGGGCUCGCAGCUGGGAGAGGGACAGAGUGGACGGACCUCUAAAGCAACAAACUGGACAAAAACAGAGAUGUGAGCCUGGGGGCGUCGGCUUGAGUUUCUCAAAGCCAUCGGAAGAUGCAAGUUUGUGCCUUUUUUUUAAUUGCUCUGGUGGAUUUUUGUGGCUGGGUUUUCUGAAGUCUGAGGAACAAUGCCUUAAGAAAAAAUAAACAGCAGGAGUGGUUGGGCCAGCCUCCCGUGGCGGGUCGAGGCUGGCAGUGCCCGGUGCCCGGGCCGGCCUGAGCUGCACGGCAGGCCCUGCCGCCGUCUCCGAGGGGCUGUGGCCCAGCCGUCCUCGUUCUGCUUUAUUGCUGUUUAAGAAAAAUGGAGGUAGUUCCAAAACAGUGGCAGAUACUGUUGGGGGUUUUAAAGUCCAACAAAUUUUAAACAAAUCCAAAGUGUUCUUUUCUCAUACGUCACCUAGCAAUCGAGCAUCUGCAUUUGGCUGUAAGCAUGUCGUAGGCACACCUGCAGUGUUGCGAUCGGAAUGCUUUUUAUUAAAAGCAAGUAGCAUGAAGUAUUGCGUAAAUCUUAGAUAUAAAUAAAUACAUGUAUAAUAUAUAUUCCAAUGUAUUCCAAGCUAAGAAACUUGAUUCUUACGAAAUCUUGAUAAAAUAUUUAUAAUGCAUUUAUAGAAAAAAUAUAUAUAUAAUAAAUGCAGAUUGUGAAGGUCCCUGGCGAAUGGAUGACUCGCGCAUUAGCUCUAAAGGUGCUUAUGGAAAGGGAUCUAGGCUGACGCGUAUUUUGAGCUCCAGAUUGGCCGGCUUUCAGAUCGCCAACACGUUCGCCACUGAGCAGCUACCCUACAAGUUUGUACUUUAAUUUUAAUUAUUUUCUAACAGAACCCCUCCCGUCUCCAAGCCUCCGUGCACAUAUGUACCUAAUGAGUUUUUAUAGCAAAGAGUAUAAAUUUGUGUUGAUUUUUUGUAUGAAUUUUUCACAAAAAGAUCCUGAAUAAGAAUUGUUUUGUGAAUUUUACAUUUUUCCUCACCAUUUAGCAGUUUUCUGAAUGGUAACAAUGUCUAAACCUUUUUUCUUUCUAAUUUCUUGCUUGUACCUUUUAUUUUUUUUUUAACUUUCAACGGUUUGUUUCCAUUAUUUUUUGCUUUUGUUUACUUUUGUACAGUGAGCAGUUUUCUGCAGAGCACGGAACUGUUGCCGUCAGUUUAUUUUCAGAAAGUGCACAUCGUGUGGGGAGAGGGGCCUGCGGUCUUUUCAGAGUGACACUAGUGACCGUGUCUUUCCCAGUUCUGUCCCAGGAGCUGUGCGAGGAAGCCCAGGGGCUCUUACCUUCAGCACUAGUAGUGGGUUACCAGGGUGCUGUGUCUUCCCCUCGUGGCAAGUGUGGGGAGGGUCCAGCCUCUGGCGUUCUUGCCAGACCCCGUGGGCAGUCAGCAUUAAUGACACUCAUGUUUAAACUUCUCUGGCCACGUGUCAGGAUAGGAUUCUAACUUCAGUGUCCAAAGACCUUUUCAGCAUGUCAGCAACGCACGGGGCAUAAGUGAGGCUCUUCCCCCAUUCCGGGUUUUUCCACGGCAGCCACACGGCCGGGGCUCUGGCUGGAAGCAGCUAGCCCUGGAUUUUGGAACCUGUGGCUGCCAGGAACUGAGGGGCCCUUGCUGCCUGUCGAGCCUGCAGGAGAGUGCAGAUUCCUGACCAGGACAGCCUGUCUUUGCUCUUUUUCUCUGUGACAGUAACUAACAGUCACUUUUUACUGGUAACUGAUUUUCCAGCACUUGAAACCACCAAUUUCAUUCC